AUGGGCGCUUCAGAACACAAUCAGCGAGCAUUCGCAGACGAGGCCACCGAGGCGGCACCGCAUUUAUCAAAAGCCCACAACGAUGGCGACGAGAUUCUCGAGAGCCUAGGCUAUACACCCCAGCUACAGCGUAACCGAUCAACCCUCCAGGUAGCCUUCAUGGCCUUUGUCCUUGCCUCGAUCCCUUACGGACUUGCAACAACCUUCAACCCACCUGUCACUACUGGAGGCCCGGUGAAUAUUAUCUGGGGCUGGGUAGCCGUCUCAGCCAUGAUCAUCUGCGUCGCUGCGUCUCUUGGUGAAAUCACGAGUGUAUACCCUAUCGCGGGAGGUACUGACUCCCACUACCUUGCUCACAACACUCGUGUAUAUUAUCAAACCUUUACGCUAGCGCCCGCCCGUUGGCGCCGCGAGGCUAGUUGGAUCUGUGGCUGGCUUUUUGUUGUUGGUAACAUCAGUAUCACUUUAUCUGUGACUUUCGGCACUACGUUAUUCAUCGUCUCGGUUGUCAAUCUUUUUGAAACCGCGCCCGGCGUGGGAGUCCUCGCUGGCGAACCAUACCAGGUAUAUUUAAUAUUCGUUGGUGUCACCGUGUUUAGUAAUGCUGUCUCAGCUCUGGGCAAUAAGUGGCUGCCAUGGUUAGAUACGGCCGCCAUCUUCUGGACCUUUGCUGGUGUCAUUGCGCUUAUGAUCUCUAUUCUUGUUCUCGCAAAGGAAGGCCGUCGCGACGCCAAAUGGGUCUUUACCCAUUUUGAGAAUAAUUCUGGUUGGCCCGAUGGAUGGGCAUUCUGUGUUGGACUACUCCACGCUGCAUACGCUACCUCUUCAACUGGCAUGAUCAUUUCCAUGUGCGAAGAAGUCAAAAAGCCCGACAUCCAAGUCCCGAAAGCAAUGGUCGCCACCGUCUUUAUCAACACACUCGCCGGCCUGCUCUUUUGCAUCCCGAUCUGUUUUGUCCUCCCCGACCUCAAAUACCUCGCCAGUCUUCCCUCGGCCCAGCCCAUCCCUCCAACCAUCAAGGCGGCCGUUGGAUCCUCCGGUGGUGCGUUCGGGCUGUUAUUACCGCUAGUUGUUCUGGGUAUCAUCUGCGGCAUCGGCUGUAUCACUGCUUCAUCUCGCUGUAUCUGGGCGUUUAGCCGUGAUGGAGCUAUGCCAGGGGCCAAGAUUUGGGCGAGGGUUAACGAGCGGCUAGACGUCCCUCUUAACGCCAUGAUUCUUAGUAUGGUCUUGCAUUUGCUACUUGGCUUGAUCUACUUUGGGUCGUCGGCGGCAUUCAAUGCCUUUUCUAGUGUUGGUGUGCUAACUCUUAACGCAUCUUACGCAACACCGAUCGCGAUCAAUCUUCUCACCAAGAGGGAGCAAGUCAAGGGGGCUAAAUUCCCGCUUGGCAAAUUUGGAUACUUUGCUAAUUCUGUGGCUGUCGCAUGGUCCAUACUCGCAAUCCCGCUCUUCUGCAUGCCUUUCUAA